AUGAAGGAAACCUCAACUGAUUCGAAUCCCAAUCGUACAGAUCGAAUACGCUCAUGGGCUAGAACACACGCGCAUGCAGGUUCGAAGCGACCUAGUAAUACUCUGCCUGCGACCAAUGUCGAUGCAGAGAAAAAUGGCAGUGGAAAUCUGCCCAGCAGCAACUCUGCUGUUCCCAACACACGCAGCAACACCGACAGUACCGUCAAGGAUACCGCAAACACCGACAAUGCAACUGGUGCGGCAUCUCAAGCUGAGGGGACGGGGCCUGUCGUAGCCCAAGACAACCAGCCGGAAAAGAAACCAAAUGUUGCCAUUCGAUUUUGGCUCAACACCAAAAAGACACUAAGCCACAGCUGGGUCAACGUCCUCUUGCUUUUCGUGCCCGUUGGUAUCGCUGUUGCCCAGGUAGACGGUCUCAACCCCGCCAUCGUCUUUGCCAUGAAUGCCAUUGCCAUCAUUCCUCUCGCUGGCCUUUUGAGUCAUGCUACAGAGUCGGUGGCCCGAAAGCUUGGUGAUGCGAUUGGCGCACUCCUCAACGUUACCUUUGGUAACGCUGUCGAAUUGAUCAUCUUCAUCAUUGCCCUUGCUCAGAACAAGAUACGUAUCGUCCAGGCCUCCCUCCUGGGCUCUAUCCUGGCAAAUCUACUGCUCAUUCUGGGCAUGGCCUUCUUUCUGGGUGGUCUUCGAUUCCAGGAGCAAAUCUACAACAGCACUGUCACGCAGAUGAGCGCCUGUCUUCUUAGUUUGAGUGUCAUUAGUCUGGUCUUGCCUACUGCCUUCCAUGCAUCGUUCAGUACUGAUACCCAGGCCGAUGAAGAGUCUCUCAAGAUUAGUCGUGGUACUAGUAUCAUCUUGCUCCUGGUAUACAUCAUUUAUCUGCUGUUCCAGCUCAAGUCCCAUGCCUACAUGUACGAGUCAACGCCCCAGCAUAUUAUUGAUGAGGAGUCGACCCCUGGUCCGGCUGCUGCUUGGCUCGAUACAUCUAGUUCAGAAUCGAGCUCUUCAUCAGACUCGGACAGCGAUGGAUCUAGCCGCUCUGGAAACACUGUUUCCAAGCGCGUGAAGCGGGCUCUCCGCAAUAGGCGUCGCAGAAAGUCCAGUCUGGCCUCUGUCGACACGGACGCAAACACUGUUGGUACCAACAACGCAAGCCCACUCGCUGAAGGAUCCAAGUCUGGAGACUCGACUGGCCCUGGCUUCUUUCCCCGCCCUACAACUGGGGGCAGCGAGGAGGCUAUUGAGGAGGAACCUGAAAAGGCGUCUACAAAGCGCAGCAAGAAGAAGCACAGACAUUCCAAGCGCAAGCACCAUCGUCGCAGAACCAAUUCAACUCCCCUGGGCGAAGACAAGGUUACCUCGCCUACAAACGAGAACAUUGCCGGACUAGACUUGAUUGGAGCUUCGUCAACUGCUAACACCAAUGGCGAACCUCGCCGUGUCGAUUUUGCCGACAAUGUUGGCAACCUGGAUAGUACAGAGGGUGCCACUGAAGCAGGAGGCAAGCGACCAUUCAAGGCGGUACGCGGUCUUUCGUUCAUCCCAGUCAAGAAUAUGGCACCUCCGGUUUUUACACGCAACGCUGCCGCCGACCUGCAAACACCGGCUGCUGGCUCUGUCCCUCGGGUACGAUAUGGUAUCCGCCGAACCAACUCGCUUCCCGGUAGACUCAAUCAAAUGCAGUACAGAGCGCCUGGAGCUCUCAUGCCGGCUCAGAUGCCUUCAGCUGCCCUGGCUGACGAAGAAGCUGCGAUUGAAGCACAUGAUGAUGACUUGUCCAGAACGGCCGCUAUUGUCAUGCUGCUAAUUUCGACUGCGCUUGUUGCUGUAUGUGCCGAAUUCAUGGUUGACUCUAUCGAUGGUCUCGUUGAGGACAGUCCACUAGGCGAAACUUUCAUUGGUCUCAUCAUCCUCCCCAUUGUCGGCAACGCCGCGGAGCACGUCACUGCCGUCACGGUUGCCAUGAAGAACAAGAUGGAUCUUUGUAUCGGUGUUGCUGUUGGAAGCUCGAUUCAGAUUGCCCUUUUCGUUACGCCUCUGGUUGUUAUACUCGGUUGGAUGAUGGACAAGGCCAUGACACUCUACUUUACACUGUUUGAAACAGUGUGUCUGUUCGUGUCCACCUUUAUUGUCAACUUCCUAGUGCUGGACGGAAGGAGCAACUAUCUCGAAGGAGCUCUGCUGUGCGCCACAUAUAUCAUCAUCGGCGUGGUUGCCUUCUUCUAUCCCUCGGAACAAGACGCCAGUCCAUGGGGCGCAUAA